AUGCCGCUAUCCAAUGCCGAAGAGCUUUCCCCCCUUCUGACGCGCAUCGCCGAGGCCUUGGAGCGUCUCUCGCCUCCCGCAGCGGUCGAGACCGACGAGGUGGCAGCCGACGGCUACGUCUGGGACGCGGAGGCCGGGCGCCCGCUGCCGGUUCCCAAGAUCAACCGAGUCGCCUUCCCGUUGCUCGUGGGGAUCGAUCAACAGUCCAGGCUGCUCCUGCAGAAUACCGAGCGCUUCGCACGCGGUCUGCCAGCGAACAAUGCCCUGCUGUGGGGCGCGCGCGGCAUGGGGAAGUCCUCACUGGUCAAGGCGGCCCACGCUCAGGUCAAUGCCUCGCUGCAGCCCGAUCCGACGCUGGCUCUGGUCGAGAUCCAUCGGGAAGACAUCCCCACCCUGCCCCGUCUGCUGCAGUUGCUGCGCGGUCAGGCGCCACGCCGGUUUCUGCUGUUCUGCGACGACCUCUCCUUCGACCAGGAAGACGCCAGCUACAAAUCCUUGAAGGCGGUUCUGGAGGGCGGCAUCGAGGGACGGCCGAGCAACGUGCUGUUCUACGCCACCUCGAACCGCCGGCAUCUGAUGGCACGCGACAUGAUCGACAACGAGCGCUCGACCGCCAUCAAUCCCGGCGAGGCGGUCGAGGAGAAGGUCAGCCUCUCCGACCGCUUCGGGCUCUGGCUCGGGUUCCACAACUGCGAUCAGCAGACCUUCUUGGCGAUGGUCGAGGGCUACGCCGCCCAUUUCGGUCUCGAGGUCGAACCCGCGCAGCUUCGCGCGGAAGCCAAGGAGUGGUCCGUCACCCGCGGCUCCCGCUCCGGCCGGGUCGCCUGGCAGUUCAUCCAGGAUCUCGCCGGGCGCCUCGACCGUCCGAUCGAGCUCUGA